AUGCAGCAUAGCAAGGAAUCGAAUACGCAUCCAAAGCUUUAUGGUCAAAGUGUGCCAGAUGAAGAGAUAGCUUAUUAUUACAAUGGUGACAUACCAGACCUUACACCAAUAUAUACACAUAAAAUUGAUGAAAAGGAACUUAAACCGCACUUGGAAAAGAAUUUUACGUUUUUGAAAGUAGAAUACCUGAGUCCGGUAUCUACAGUAUAUAUUGAAUAUUUUCCCGCGACAUAUACUUUGAAAUUCACCAUUGUCGUGCCACUGGUCUCCAUAAAAUUUGCAGUAGCUGCCUUUGCUCUUAAAAAAAAGAGUAGACGUCAAAGUAGAUCUAGUUUAAAUGUGGUUUAUUUAAAAAUAUAA